AUGGGACAGGAACGCCUGCUACGUGUCAUGCUGAAAGCUGGCUCUGAUGUCAACAAGAAUGGAAUAUACUGGAAAACUUGCCUAGCCAUCAAUGCGGCAUGGCGGGGGCAGGUCUCUGCACUUGCGUUGCUGUUGAAGUCAGAGAACAAGCUAGACCUGUCUAUGAAGGACUUUACAGGUGACGAUCUUUUGAUGGUCGCAGUGAGAGUGGGAGAUCCGGGCCUGGUCAAGCUUAUCAUAGACGCUGGCGCUGAUCUCAACAGCGACACUGAUGACGAUGAAAGAAAGGGCAUGGUCCGAGAAGCAAUAGGCCGCUCGGCACACAGAGUUGUUGAUUUACUCCUUCAGUCUGAUGUAUAA